GGGAAGGAGAUGCUGACGCAGAAGCUGCCGCUGUGGCAGCAGUCCUGCUCGGAUCCCAACAAGAUCCCGGACCGCGCUAUACAGCUGAUGCAGCAGAUGGCUGCCAGCAGCAAUGGCACCAUUAUGCCCAGCCCUCUGUCUACAUCCAAAUCCAACCUCAUCAUCUCUGACCCCAUCCCUGGUGCCAAACCUCUCCCUGUCCCCCCGGAGCUGGCACCUUUUGUAGGACGCAUGUCGGCGCAGGAGGCCAUGCCGGUGAUGAAUGGAGUCUCAGGCCCAGACAGUGACGGGUACAACCACUGGUCUGAGAUGAAGCCAGCACAGCCCAAAUCUUUAUCUCCUCCCCAGCCUCAGAAGCAGCUGAGUGACUCUUACUCCAAUACACUUCCAGUUCGCAAAAAUGUGCCACCGAAAAACAGCUACGCAUCAGCCGAAAACAAGACGCUGCCGCGCUCCAGCUCCAUGGCCGCAGGGCUCGAGAGGAACGGCAGGACGAGGGUGCAGGCCAUUUUCUCUCACGCUGCCGGAGAUAACAGCACCCUCCUGAGUUUCAAGGAGGGUGACCUCAUCACGCUACUGGUGCCGGAGGCCAGGGACGGCUGGCAUUACGGAGAGAGCGAGAAAACAAAAAUGAGGGGCUGGGUUCCUUUCUCCUACCCCCGGGGCCUCCACCGUGAUGUUUUCUCCUACACACGGGUCCUCGACAGUGAUGGCAGUGAGCGGGUCCACACGAGCCUGCAGCAAGGGAAGAGCAGCAGCACCGGCAACCUGCUGGACAAAGACGACAUCGCCAUCCCGCCGCCCGACUACGGCAUGGCUUCCCAAGCCUUCCCGGCACAAGGUGUCAACACCUUCAAGCAGAGGCCGUACAGCGUGGCCGUGCCCGCCUUCUCCCAGGGUCUCGACGACUACGGGACGAGGUCCGUCAGCAGGUAA